AUGGGUAAAGCAAUGUUCAUUCUGCUUGGUUUGGUCGCCGUAGCUGCCGCAUACCCAGGAGGAUAUGGAGGUGGCAGUCACGGAAGCCAAAGUGGCUUGGGUGGCUCUGGCUCAGGAUUUGGGGGUGGACAAGGUUUUGGAGGUGGUCAUGGCAGCCACGGAGGCGGCUUAGGUGGUUCUGACUCAGGAUUCGGUGGUGGUCACGGACAGGGCUUAGGUGGUAGUCACGGGGGUGGAUUUGGAGGCCACGAUUCCGGUUUCGGUGGUGGUCGCCCAGGAGGUUUCGGUAGUGGCCAGGGAGGCUUCGGUGGUGGUCAUGGAGGAUUCGGUGGUGGCCAGGGAGGCGUCGGUGGUGGUCAUGGAGGAUUCGGUAGUGGAUCUCAAGGAGGCUACGGCGGUCGCCCGGGAGGAUUCGGUGGUAGCCAGGGAGGUUUCGGCAGUGGCCCUGGAGGCUUUGGGGGGAGCCACGGUGGAUCUGGAGGCCACGGCAAUGAAGGUGGUUUUGGUGGAGGUCAUGGUGGUUUCGGUGGUGGAAAAGGCCAGGGCUCCGGCAGCGGUGGUUACGGCCACGGUGGUUAUGGUGCUCACUAA